GACACAUUUGAGUAUGGCACUUUGUAUCUGUUUAACUUAUUUGUAUUGGUCUUGCCCCACAUGCAUCAAGCCUUCCUUGCAUGUUCAUGGUCUUUUUGUUAGUGCCAACUGCAAUGAUGUUGACUUUCAAUGACAUAUAAGUGCACUGCAAGAUUCAUGAAAAUGGUACGUACAAACAAAGGCUAUUUUCUCCUGUUUACAACUUCUUGCUCCUGUUUACAUUUCUGCAUUAUACACAUUUUUAACCUCGCUUAUUCAUUUUUGUGCUUUACUUGUUACUACUUCCAGACGCCAAGAACUUACUGCUGUGCUAACACUGAAGACUUGGAGACAGUUAUCCACCAUGUACACAGCCUGUACCCUUCUGCUCCUUUUCUGGCAGCAGGGGUUUCAAUGGGAGGAAUGCUGCUUCUAAAUUAUCUGGGCAAAAUUGGGUCCAAAACUCCUUUGAUGGCGGCGGCAACGUUUUCAGUUGGUUGGAAUACCUUUGCUUGCUCAGAGUCGUUGGAGAAACCACUGAACUGGCUGCUUUUUAAUUACUAUUUGACAACUUGUCUCCAGUCUUCAGUUAAUAAACACCGGCAUAUGUUUGUGAAACAAGUUGAUAUGGAUCAUGUCAUGAAGGCUAAAUCCAUCAGAGAGUUUGAUAAGCGGUUCACUUCUGUCAUGUUUGGCUACCGAACAAUCGAUGAUUAUUAUACUGACGCCAGCCCAAACCAUAGACUGAAGUCAGUAGGAAUUCCGGUGUUGUGUCUAAAUUCUGUGGACGAUGUUUUCUCACCCAGUCAUGCUAUUCCAAUAGAAACUGCUAAGCAAAACCCUCAUGUUGCUUUGGUCCUUACUUCUUACGGAGGCCAUAUUGGUUUUCUGGAGGGAAUCUGGCCAAGACAGUCCACUUACAUGGAUCGUGUCUUCAAGCAAUUUGUGCAAGCCAUGGUUGAGCAUGGACAUGAACUCUCGAACAUGUAGUUCUUCCAGUGCAUUUUGUCUGAAGCACUGCUGUAAAGGCAACUCAGCUAGUGCACAAAUGCUAACUGCUGUAUGUAAAGCAAAUAAGCCAGCAGAUGGGUGAAGAGGUGCAGAAUGAUAUGCAAAAUGACUUUCUAGGGAAACAAGACAACUUUGUAGUCAGAAAUUAAACAUAAUAUUAGAUUGUUACUUAAGUAGAUUUUAUUUUUACUAUGCCUUACCAAGUAUGACCUUAAACAAAGUAGUACAUACAUGAAAUUGCACUUAACCAAAACUAUCAUGUAAAAAAAUUGUAAUUCCUCAGGGGUUUAAUUUAGGCCCUUUUUUUUUUUUAGAUUAUUCAUUUUAGAUGACUUAAUGGUACUUUAACUGUUAAAAGACUUUGGUUAUUUGAAUGUAAGUUAUAAGGUAGUACCUUCCUAAGGAUAUUUAUAUUUAAUGAUGAUAACAUGAAAACUGAAAUAGGAUAAAACACAAUGCGCUAAAUCUUUUAUGUAUUCUAACUUUAAAAGGCAAGUGCAGAAAUGUUAGACUGACUUCUCUACGUGCUGUUUUACUCUGAGAAUAUUAAAUUAGGGCUGAUUUAUGUUUUAUAAUGAUUAUAAUUUACAUGCUUAUUUUUAAAAUAGUAUAUGUGCACACAUACAUAUCAUUAUAUUAAAAUUAAUUUUACUAUUUUAAAUUG